AUGCCACGAAUCUACAGACCUACCGUUGGCGUCGGACUCCCAAUGGCUCACGUUGCUGUACUAUCUUCUCCCGCGGUCAAAGCCUUCUUCAAGAACGCCGAUAUUCCACAACGAUUCAGCAAGGUCACCAACUGCUUCUGUGCUGCAAUGAAUCCAGAUGAAUUGAGAUCAGAUAUGUCAGGUGAUGAAAAGACGACAAGGUACCCGAUAAUCUGGGAUUCCGGUGCAACAACUUCGAUCUCACCUUACAAGGACGAUUUUGUGGGAAAGCUUGAGCCAGCACCUCUUGGACUCAAGCUUCGCGGAAUCGCUAGCGGCCUGAAAAUCGAAGGGAUUGGACAUGUUGCACGGUCAGUGGUUGACACAACUGGCAUGUUACGAACAAUCAAGGUGCCUGCCCUAUACGUACCCUCUGCCACAGCUCGAUUGCUCAGUACUUCAAGUUUGCUCCAGACAUACACCGAUGAGUCCAUCUCAAUGAACGCUGAUCAUCUACAGUUGUCAGGAUCAGACAAAACAAAUCCAGUACAUGUUGACCACGACCCUUCAACAAACUUGCCAACAUCGCUUGCCUACUCCCAUGGAACCACUCCUAACCGAUUUGAUGCAUUCGCCAGCAUCAUCACGUCCACCUUGGAGUCAAACCACAACCUCAGUCCUGCAGAGAAAGAACACCUAAGAUGGCACCAUCGGCUCGGCCAUCUCAACUUCAGUCAGAUCCAAUUUCUACUCCGCACAGGUGUAUUGGCGUAUUCAGAGUCCGCUCGACGAUUGCAAGCUGCAGCAUCUCGGAUCACAACAUACCCACUUUGCCCAGCUUGUCAAUUUGGAAAACAACGUCGUCGACCGUCUCCUGGAAAGACUUCUCGAGUCCCCUCAUCUCCGCCGCAGCCAACGCCUCCACCGGCUCACAAACCGCAGCCCACACCAACUUCCAAACCUGCACCCCUGCCAUCAGCCACACGCACAUCUCGCCGAUCCAACAAAGCUCAACCUCCAAAACGCUUUGGAUACAAUGGACGUGGACCCGCAGGAUACAACGCACCUCUAAAAUCGCAAAGUCCAGAAACCAACAACUUCUACACUUACUUUUCAGCAUACUUCAACCAUUCGAACAUUGACCUGGAACACUCCCAUGACUGCAGCUUCAUUCCAAGCUCGUACAAAGCGAGAGCAACCAAGGACCCAGACGUUUUCACUUACAAUGAAGCGGUCAACGGUCCCAACAGCGAAAAGUGGACUGCAGCAGCAAAGAAGGAAAUUGAAGAACUUGAAGGAAAACUCACCUGGAUUGAAGUCCCAAUGUCGAAAGCGAAGACCAAGAUCAUUCCUGGAACUUGGGUCUUUCGUGUCAAGAGAAAUCCAAGCGGAGAAAUGACCAAAUUCAAGGCAAGAUACUGUGUGAGAGGAGACCUGGAAGAAAUGGAUGUUGACGAAAACACGUUUGCACCUACCGUUGCAUGGAGUACUGUCCGUCUGUUUCUUGUCCUUUGCUUGAUCCUUGGAUGGGCCACCAUCUCGGUUGACUUCAGCAAUGCAUUCGUACAAUCCAAACUGGACAAACCAAAAUGGGUACACUUACCUCGAGGAUUCGUCUCUCCAAAGGGCAAAGAUCAUGCCUUUCUUGUACAAAAGACACGGAUCAAAAUCAGAUUGUUUGAAUCCACACUUGGUGAAUCCUUCCACGGCGGUCUUAUUCCAUAG